CCAGGAUCUAGUGAAUUUGAAGAGGAACAACCAAGAUGAAAAGCCCUGCUUGCUUCACCUGAUGUGUGACCCUAAGGGAGGUGAAGAAAUCGAUUCUAUUGGCAUUUUAAGUUCAGCAAGGAAUAUGGAAGUGUACUUAGGAGAGGAAUACUGUGGAACCAGUCGGGGCAAGAGUGUCUGCACUGUCCUGGAUAACAGUGAACAUGAGAAGAUUAUUUUGUACAAAAAAUACUUAAAAUUGAAGUCUUCCACACAUGUUUGUAAAAUAAAGUUGCUCUCCUUUGGUGAAAAGCAGUGUGUGUUCAUCAGUAAAGUUGUGGUACAUGUGAGACCGGUUACGGCAAGUUCUUCACCAUGCUGUCCUACUCUAGGAUCAAGGAUAGACCUAGAUGGGUUUCAAACUAUAAUGGAGUCCAUGGGGUCAAAAUUGUCUCCUGGAGCUCAACAGAUGCUGGAUAUGAUUAAGUUUCAGCAAGGG